CGGGAAAUGAGCAAACACAAAAUGGCCAAGCCGGAUGCCGUGACAGGAGAAAUCGGAUGCGUCUACGUGGAGGGUCAGACUCACAUGCGGUUCACAUGGACCUGAUCUUGCAUACGCGAGGAAAUGCUCUGUGCCUAUGUAGUUGCAGGGUUGGUGGAACCAUUUAACUGUGAGCAGGAAAUCUGUAAAACUGUGACAUUCCAAUUUAUAAAUUACAAGAUAAAAUGCAGCACAAACACUCCUUUCAAUGCCUCAUCAGAGUCCGAGUAUCCGUCGUAUCCUCCAAGUACCCAGGGUUCCAGAUAGCGUGUUGCAGAGAGGAGCUUUUAAGUGAUCGUAGCGCCCCUGAAAUUCAUUUUUCUGCGGCAGGACAUCUUCGAUUAAGGCAGUGGCAAAAGAACGCGUCUAUCGCCCACUUAACUGAGGAUCAACUUCGAUGUACAGGUGGACUUGAUUAUUUCGUGUACCAUGUGGUCGUAUUUAAUUCGUAACUUUAAAAGAUGAGGACUCGUGAGUUUGCACAACUCUUAUGCCGUUAAAAUCUUAUGCGUUUCUGUUUCUGUUGUCCAAUUCGCUGUCCGUAGUCGCUGUAUCGACAGCAAAGGGUACCCUUGUGUAAUGCUUGGCAUUUCGCAGGGAGAGACGGAGGGUGUGAAACGACCAGAGGGAAGGAAAAGCGAAUUCAGUGCCCUAUGUACCUUGUCUCCUUUGAAGUGAAUCGAGUGAAUUGGACCGACUCGCGGGAGUUCAGUUGUCGUGUAACUUGGUUUCUCCGGCAAACGCGUGAAUGGGCCUGAAAAACACACAAGAACGGCCGAUGCGAAGCAACACAAGAACAAGAAAAUGGAAACGAGGUGGAUGUGACCGACGGUCAAAUCUAGAUUUGGCGCUUCAACUUUGUGGGGGCUUCCUCCAGCAACUGUCGGAACCGGCGAAAAGGAGAUCCGAGACGCAGAGGCGUUUCAUCGCUUUCCACCCACCAUCCGGACUGUUUUCUAUAUAUGCAAAGUUUCUUCUGAUUCGCCUUCUCUGUGGGAUUUCUCUUCGGCGCCUUUACCCUGGUUUCGACUUUCGCCUUGCUUCUCUGUGGCUGUCUUGAGUUCCGACUUACCGCGCCGUCGCAAGGCGACUUCCGCUUGUCUUCCCCUCCUUCUCUCCCGCCUUUCGCCUGUUUCCAAUCACGCGUUUGUUCCUCGCACAAGCAGUCCCCUCUCGCUGCGCCCCUGCCUCGUCUCUGCGAUGUUUCCUCCCGUCCCCCGUUGGUCGCCGCCGCCGUUUUCGCCUUGCGACUGCCCUGCGGCCUCGCAAGCGUCAGCUGCUUCGUCUGGUCUCUCUGAGGCUGCGGCGGAGGAACUCGAGGCACUUCGAUCGAUUUACGGAGAAGACGCGAUUCGCUUCCACCCCUGUUGCCGCCUGGUGCAAGUGCGUACGGAGACGACUCGGUCGCGCGUCCGAGACGACGCCUGGUCGCUGCUGACGCAAGGUGCAUGCAGUGGCGAGGCACAGCCGGACUGCGAAGACGACGAUAAACCGUUUUGGUUUCUUCUUCAGCUCUUUCUGCCAGUAGGGUACUUGGAUCCGGACUUCCAGUCGCCCGCAUGUCUCGUCCACACACCUUGGGAGCAGCCUCGUGAGGCGCUGCAGCGCAUGCAGAACCAGCUGCUGGCUUUGCAGGGCGAAGCGCUGAGUUCCGGAAAUCCAGGCCUUUUCGACUUCGUCGAAUGCGUCCGCAGCUACCUGCCUCUCCCGCCUCCCGAGGUAUGCGCCGUAGCACCACGAGAACGGAGGGAAGGAAUGGAGGAAGACCUCACGAGGAAGCGGCCUGCAGACGCUGGAGACGGCCUCGAUGACGCCGACAGCAAAGCCACCGGGACGGAGGCGCUCGACUCGCAGCUCUCCAGUGCUGCGUUGGCGGCGAAACGGGAGGGAACGACCAGGGACUCCCGGCCGACUCCGAACUUGGCAUGGACCCCUGGACGGUCGAUUUCGCUGUAUAUAGGCUCCACGGUCACAGUCCACAAGAGCCGCUUUAUCGGGGUGUGCGCAGCUGUACGCAUAGCCGAAGAAGUCCACGCGGUCUACCAGCAGGUCAAACAGAUGCACUUUGGAGCGACACACCACAUCAUGGCUUACUCGUUUCUGCAGAAGGUCACGCGAAGAGGGAGAGGGGCUCCUCAAAAGAAGGAGAACUGUCCGGCUUCUUGCGACGCCAGAGAAGAGGACGUUCACUUCCCCUCGGCUCGUCUCUGUGCCUCGCGAGUCUCGUCACCCGCGGCCGCGGGAGCGGAGGAAGAAGAACGGACGCCUGGAGAGGCUCCAGGGGGAACAUCGGAUGCUGUGAGGACGAAAAGAAACCGCGCAAGACGCAGUGAGAAGGACGCAGAGCGAAAGGGGGGGAAUGCCGAGAUAAGCAAAGAAGAUACAUUCAUAGAAAACUGCGAUCACGACUCAGAUGGGGAAACCGGUGCGGGCAGGAAACUCCAGCAGCUGCUGUACAAUCUCAAGGCGAAGAACGUCAUUCUGAUUGUCACCAGGUGGUAUGGCGGAAUCCAUCUAGGCCCAGACCGUUUCCGCGUCAUCGCUUCUGUGGGUCGCCAGGCGCUCGAUGCCAGCGGGCUCCUUGAGCAGAAAGAUCCAGCGAAAAAGGAAGCGAAUCCAAAAAAAGCUUCCAGCAAAGGAGAGAAGUGAUCGGUUGUCGGAGCGGUUCCGCUCUGUGCGCAGUGCCAGCUCCGGGCGUCACACAAAGUUGCCUUUUAUCCUCAUAUGUUCCUGACAGAUGCUAAACGUUUAUCAUAUUUACUUGGAUUUAAGAUCCCCGCGAACGGCACCACACGAGACAAACAGAGAUUCAUGCGGUGUCAUCGGGUUGACGUCGUGUGUUUACGGAAGGCACGUUUCUUUUCGGUACACUGAAUGCUGGGAAAUCAUCGAAAUCUCCACGUCAAGGAGCCCAUGAAGAAGCCUGUCAGGGUGCAAGUUUCCAAGGUUCGGGUAUCAAAGCUUUUUUCCGCGACUGCCUUUGUUUUCCUGUGGGGCGACAAGUAAUUUAAGCAGGAACGAGCCGCCUGAAAACCAGGAUUUCCAUGACUCGUUGACCAUACGAAUGAUGCCGUGUAUGUAUAGUGUCGCCCACGCCACGGCGCUGCCCUUCUCACUCUAGAGCGAAAGGUACUUUUUCGAAAAAGCGCUUCCCGUCAAGAACAGUGUCUCAUCCUGAACGCUUUUUUCGAGGAAGCGACCUCGUUAAGAAGGCCCUGGCGCCACUCCCCGGGGUGCCUGAAGU